AUGGCGUUUAUAGAAGCUGAGAUGGCUAAACGUCGCCAUGGGACGUUACCGUCGGAAAACAGUGAUCCUACCAAUCCUGCAGAUGGCCAGAACCAGUCGCGGCAGGCGGCGGAACAUACUUCUGCUGCCAACCUGCAGCUUCCACAAAGACAGCCUGCAACUCUAGGCAAACUACACGAGAUAGACCUCGGACCAGACUCGAAGCUCCAGAACAUAGCAAGGACAGAGGCUGCGACCAGGAACCUUGCCAAGGGUGAUUCCGCGGCUCCCGAAGACGAGGAAACAGUGAACAAAGGCAAACCAACUCGCAGUGGUAGGAGAAGGCGUAAUAGCGAAGAUAUAAUGCGAGAUCGGCUCGUAGAAGAAGUCUUGCGCGAAAGUAAACUCGAUGUCUAUGAAGAGCCCCAGAGCCACCCAGAUGAGGACGAUCAGGCUGCAGAUGAUCGAAUAGCAGAUCAGUUCCGUAGAGAUUUCCUAGACGCCAUCCACUCGAGAAGACGCGGAGCCCGUACCAGGAACACCAAAACUUCUAAGACAGAUGCACCACGUGGACCGAAACUCGGUGGAAGUCGUAGUGCCAGAGCAGCCAUGCGAGAGCAGCAGAACAAGGCUCAGAAGUAG